AUGGAAAAAAUCCUUCUGCACCCACCCGGUGGGAGGGACGGACCCAGGGACCCAGGCUGGGAACAGUCGCUGCUUUUCCUGGGCUUGGUGGCUGCCAUCUGCCUCGGCCUCAACCUCCUCUUCCUCACCGUCUACCUGAUCUGCCUGUGCUGCUGCAAGAGGGACCAGGAGCCUGACACCAAGCGGCCCCACUCCUGCUGCGUCACCUGGAUGGCUGUCACCGCCGGGCUCAUCUGCUGCGCGGCCGUCGGCAUCGGCUUCUAUGGGAACAGCGAGACCAACGACGGGGUGUACCAGCUGCUCUACGCCCUGGACCAUGCCAACCACACCCUGACCGGCAUUGACGCGCUGGUGGCAGGCACCACACUGCAGAUGCAGGUGGGUCUGGAGCAGCACCUGGCACGGCUGAACGAGCUCCUGGCCGCACGGGGGGACUACCUGCAGACCCUCAAGUUCAUGCAGCAGUUAGCCGGCAGCAUCGUCCUGCAGCUCUCGGGGCUGCCCGUCUGGCGGGGCGCCAGCGACGACCUCACCGCGCUGGCCGGCCACGUUGCCUACGUCGAGUAUUACCGGUGGUUGGCUUAUCUCCUCUUCUUCAUUCUCGUCCUCACCGUCUGCCUCCUGGCCUGCCUGGGGCUGGCCAAGCGCUCCCGCUGCCUCCUCACCACGAUGCUGUGCUGCGGACUGCUGACGCUCAUCCUCAGCUGGGCCUCCAUGGCUGUGGACACGGCGGCGGCGGUGGGCACCAGCGACUUCUGCGUGGCCCCGGACAAGUUUAUCAUGAACCAGACGGAGAGCGACAUCAGCGCAGAGGUGGUUCACUAUUACCUGUACUGUGACCAGAGCCUGAGCAACCCCUUCCAGCAGGCUCUCACCGUCUUCCAGCGCUCACUCACCACCAUGCAGAUCCAGAUCCAGGGCCUGAUCCAGUUUGCGCUGCCCCUUUUCCCCACGGCCGAGAAAGACCUGCUGGGGGUCCAGCAGCUCCUCAACUCCUCAGAAACCAGCCUGCACCAGCUCACGGCCAUGCUGGACUGCCGCGGGCUGCACAAGGACUACCUGGACGCCCUUAUUGGCAUCUGCUACGACGGGGUGGAGGGUUUGCUCUACCUGGUUCUCUUCUCCCUGCUGGUGGCCGCCUCCUUCUCCACCAUCAUCUGUGCCACGCCGCGCGCCUGGAAGCACUUCGCUGGCCGGGACCGGGACUACGAUGACAUGGACGAGGAAGACCCCUUCAACCCGCAGGCGCGUCGCAUCGCCACCCACAACCCGGCCCGGGGGCAGCUCCGCAGCUUUUGCAGCUACAGCAGCAGCCUGGGCAGCCAGAGCAGCCUGCACCCCCCGGCACAGACCAUCUCCAACGCCCCCGUCUCCGAGUACAUGAACCAAGCCGUGCUCUUUGGUGGAAACCCACGCUACGAGAACGUCCCCCUGAUCGGCAGAGGCUCUCCUCCUCCCACGUACUCCCCGAGCAUGCGAGCCACCUACCUGUCCGUCACCGAUGAGCACGUCAGGCACCACGGCACCGAGUUCCCAGCCUAA